AUGGUGAAUAUCGCGGUUGCCGGUGGUCGCGGACAGGUUUCCAGAGAAGUCAUCGAUGCUCUAGUGGUCGCGAACAAACAUGACAUAACUAUCUUGAGCCGGACUGCUACAAAAGACGUCACGCCUGGAGUCCACUGGCGUGUCGUUGACUAUAAUGAUGCGAGUGACUUGAUUCGAGCCCUGAAAGGAGUCCACACCCUCUUGUCGUUCGUCCAACCCCUUGCGGAUCCGGAUCAGAAGUCGCAGAAGAAUCUCAUCGACGCGGCCGUUUCCGCUGGCGUGAAGCGGUUUGCGCCAAGCGAAUAUGGAAGUUCGGGGACCAUAGACAUGCCCUGGUGGGCGGGAAAAGAAAAGAUCAGGAAGUAUUUGAAGGAGGUAAACAAGGAUGGAAAAGUCCUGGAGUAUAUUUUAUUCCAACCAGGGCUCUUUUUAGACUACCUGGCCUUUCCAUACAAGACGGCUAAGCACGUCGCUCCGCUUCAGACGGUAUUCGACUACCAAAACCGGCGCGCGAUUGUCGUCGAUGGCCAUGAGGAUGCGGUCAUGACUCUGACCACGGCGGCAGAUGUAGCUGCGGUCGUCGCUCAAGCCGUCGAUUAUGACGGCGAAUGGCCCAUCAUCGGUGGCAUCCGCGGUAAUCGAGUCACAUUCUCCCAGAUUCUUGAGAUCGGAGAGAAGGUUCGGGACGGUCCGUUCGCCGUCGAAAAGGUUCAAUCCCAAGAUCUCGAAGCCGGAGAUCUGAAGACAUCGUGGGCUCUCGAAGCUCGUCACCAGGCCGUCUCGGAGAACCAAGCUGCAGGGUUUCUGACGGCAGUACCCAUCGGGAUCUUGCUUAGCAGUACGAAGGGUGCUUGGGACGUGUCGGAUGAACUUAACCAGCUGUUCCCCGACUAUGAGUUUGUUGGGAUACGUGAUUUCUUGGCCAACGUCUGGGACGGAAGGUCGUAA